AUGGGCCGGAGAAAAAUCGAGAUCAAGGCCAUCAAAGAUGACCGCAAUCGCUCAGUCACGUUCCUGAAACGAAAGGGAGGUUUGUUCAAGAAGGCGCAUGAGCUGGCUGUUCUUUGCUCCGUUGAUGUAGCCGUCAUCAUCUUUGGUCACAACAAGAAGUUGUAUGAGUAUUCAUCAUGCGACAUGCAUGAUGCUCUCGGUCGCUAUCAAUAUUUCGGCCCUCCCCACGAGCAUAAAGGACCAGAAGAUUUUGCGGGCAAGCGAGACGAUGAUGACGAUGAAGAUGAAGCGUCACCCGCCCCCGAGGACAUACAAGCAAUCCAGCAAAAUCACCCCGCCAUUCCCACUCACCUCCAGAACCAGCCUGCGUUUCAGCACAUGAAUCACGCACCUUCCGCAUCCCCACCGAUCCAUCAUGCUAUGACACGCCAUGGUACACCACAGUCACAAAGCACUUCCCGCCCCUCUUCACGGAAUCAUAUCCGCCGAGUGAGCUCGAAUCUUGGCCCACAGCAACGUGGUACACCUCCGCCGCCUCCGCCCCCGGUUCCUCAAAAUGGUGGUUUUACAUAUAUGCCAAAUGCACCUAUGUACAACCCGAAUGUUCACAGCACAAUGAAUCAGCCUCGACCGGGACAGUUUGCACACUAUGGACACCCACCGGGACAUCAAGGGACGCCUCCUAUGCAUCCGCACGGUUUGCCGCCACAGCAAAUGCCACCGCAGCACCAGGGCCCAGCGCAUUUCCAACAGCACAAUCAUGUAGGGAUGCCUCCUGGGUCCCAUCAACAGGUGCAGCAGGCAUACAUGCAGGAACAUGGGAGAAAUUCCAUGCCUCCGGGAUUCGCGCCAGAUGGCCAUCAAGAACGGCCCGCCGCAACUCACUCACAAGAUGAUUCCUCGGGUGCGAUGAAGGCGGAGGACAAUCAAUCGCCGCCUCAGAUGAAGUCAUUGUCCAAGUCGCGUAGUAUAUUCACGCCGAUUGAUGACCGAGGGUCUGUCCUCGCCCGUCAUUUCGGAGCUGGGGCGCCAUCAUAUGAAUCCCAUGACAAUCAUUCCCUUAAGCUAGAGACAGCAGCACAAGCCUCUGGUCCAAAGUCAAUGCCUGUUCGAGCAGCAACGGAGGCUCCGCGUGCAGGGUUAACUGCGUCGACAUCGGAUAUAAAACCACCAUCACGAACUAACAGUGGACCGCUGCCAUCGAAAAGACCGCAGUUGAAGGUGCAGAUUCCUAGCGAACCCUCAGAGGGAGGCAGUGCCACAGGCGACUCAUCACGCGAUUCUGCUGGGAAUAAAACCUCCACGCCCCCAAAAGGGAACUCUGAGAAUGGCCCCUCGGGUGUGGUUCUACCCCCUCCAUCCCCCUCAGCCGGUGCAAUACUGAGUGCGGGCGCCCAAGGCCCUCCCAAUCCGUUUGCGCGACCGCCUCCCCCGGUUGCCACCACGCGAAACGACUCGUACAGCAGCAAUAGCGGAAAUCAGAACAAUGGGAACAACUCGAAUAACAUCGAGACGCCCAUAUCAGCCUUGCCUAGCCGCUUCGUUUCUGACGCCCUCCUCCCAUCACCUUCCAGCUUCUUCCCCGAAUGGGGCUUUGGCCGCUCCGGCCCUGACUCCAACAUGCUGCCCAGUCCUCUCACCUUCCCGACGCCGGCAGUACAAAGUGGACCCAGCUUUUCUCGAGAAGACGAACAUGACAAGAAGAGAAAAAGCCCAGAAGGUGGGUCCACUGGAGAAAGUGCAAACAAGAAACCAAAACCCUGA